AUGACCUAUAAAGCCACCCUGAGCCUGCUUUCCAAACAACAACGGUUUGUCCCCAACUUCUGUUGUGAUAACCAGAACAAGCUGAUAGCUUUCAUUGGUGGAUCUAUCUCUGAAAUCUCUGUCAAUAUGGCCAUUAUUUCAGCAAUGCACAAGACUCCACAGCUCACUUAUGGAUCAUUUCUGGCAGUACAACAUGGCAAAAUGCUAUUUCCAUUUUUGUACCAGAUGGUUCCCAAUGAAGCCUACCAAUACAUGGGAGCUGUGCGGUUACUUCAGCAUUUCAGAUGGACAUGGGUUGGGCUUUUGGCUGUGGCAGAUGACAAAGGGGACCAGUUUUUACAGACCAUGGUGCCAAUGCUCUCCCAGAAUGGCAUAUGUUAUGCCUUCAUACUAAGAAUACCAAAAUGUAAUUAUGUGGAUAAAUUGAUAGAAUUGCUCAUACAACAGCGGAAAAACUAUGAGAUUGUUGCGGACAGAAAAGUCCAUCACUUUCUAAGUAGGGUCAUAUUCAAUAAUAGUGCUAGAGAAAUUGUGCACUUUGAUGGAAAUGGAGAAAUGGUGGCCAGUUUUGAUGUUACCAAUUGGAUGAUGUUUUCCAAUGGCUCAGUGAUGAGAGUAAAAGUUGGAAGGCUAGAACCUCAAGCUCCUCCAGGCAAAGAGUUAACCAUUCAUGAUGACCAAAUUGUCUGGCACCAAAGCUUUAAUCAGGCACUGCCAGUUUCUAUAUGCAAUGACAACUGCUAUCCUGGCUAUAGCAGGAAGAAGAAGGAGGGAGAGAGAUUUUGCUGCUAUGAUUGUGCUCGGUGUCCGGAAGGAAAGACCUCACACCAGAAGGACAUGGACACCUGUGUCAAUUGCCCUGAAGAUCAGUAUCCCAACAAGGACCAAACUGGGUGUAUUCCAAGGGUCCCAAACUAUCUCACUUACAAAGAAACUUUAGGGAUCAUCUUAGCUAUCUUGAUUAUUUCUUUCUCUUUGAUCACAAUUUUAAUACUUGGGACUUUUAGGAAGCACAACAAGACUCCCAUUGUCAAAGCCAACAAUCAGACCCUCACUUACACCCUCCUCAUCUCCCUCCUCCUUUGCUUCCUUUGUUCUUUGCUUUUCAUUGGACAGCCUGGAAUGGUGACCUGCCUUCUCCGACAGACAAUUUUUGGCAUUGUGUUUUCUGUGGCCCUUUCCAGCGUUUUAGCAAAAACCAUCACUGUGGUUCUGGCAUUCAUGGCAACCAAACCAGGAUCCAGGAUGAGAAAAUGGAUUGGGAAAGGACUAGCAAAUUCAAUUGUCCUUUCCUGCUCCUCUAUUCAAGUUGGGAUUUGCACAGUUUGGCUAUUUGUUUCUCCUCCAUUCCCAGAUGUGGACAUGCAGUCAUUGGAUGGGGAAAUCAUCCUGGAAUGUAAUGAGGGUUCGGCUACCAUGUUUUACUGUGUCUUGGGCUAUAUGGGCUUCCUGGCCAUUGUCAGCUUCAUUGUUGCUUUCCUGGCUAGGAAGUUACCAGACAGUUUCAACGAAGCCAAAUUCAUCACUUUCAGCAUGUUGGUGUUUUGCACUGUUUGGUUAUCCUUUGUUCCAACUUACCUGAGCACCAAAGGAAAAUACAUGGUGGCUGUGGAGAUCUUCUCCAUCCUGUCUUCUAGUGCUGGAUUACUGGGUUGCAUCUUUUUCCCAAAAUGCUAUAUCAUUGCGCUGAGGCCUGAACUGAACAACAGGGACCAGCUAAUAAGAGGGAGAAAAUGA